AUGUCUUCUCGUUCUGCGUUGCCGUCUGGAAACGACAGGAGUACUGAGCAUCAUGUGUCUCUGGCAGCCAGCCGUUCAGACAAGGGUACCAGCCUGUCCAGCCGCUCGCUGGGCGCCCGCUGCAGGAACUCCAUCGCCUCCUGCUCCGACGAGCAGCCGCACAUCGGCAACUACCGUCUGCUCAAGACCAUCGGCAAGGGAAACUUUGCCAAGGUCAAGCUGGCCCGCCACAUCCUGACGGGAAAGGAGGUUGCAAUAAAAAUCAUCGACAAAACUCAGUUGAAUCCAACCAGCCUACAAAAGCUCUUUCGGGAGGUACGGAUAAUGAAAGGUUUGAAUCACCCAAACAUAGUGCAGCUGUUCGAGGUGAUUGAGACAGAUAAGACCCUUUACCUAAUCAUGGAGUACGCCAGUGGAGGUGAAGUGUUCGACUACCUCGUAUCUCAUGGGAGAAUGAAGGAGAUUGAAGCCAGAGCCAAAUUUCGACAGAUCGUCUCAGCUGUCCACUACUGCCACCAGAAGAACAUUGUCCACAGAGAUUUGAAGGCGGAGAACCUUCUGCUGGACGCCGAUGCCAACAUCAAGAUUGCCGACUUCGGCUUCAGCAACGAGUUCACGCUGGGGAACAAGCUGGACACGUUCUGUGGCUCCCCGCCCUACGCCGCCCCGGAGCUCUUCCAGGGCAAGAAGUACGACGGGCCCGAGGUGGACGUCUGGAGCCUGGGGGUCAUCCUCUACACGCUGGUCAGCGGUUCACUGCCCUUCGAUGGACAGAACCUUAAGGAGCUGAGGGAGCGUGUGCUGAGGGGGAAGUAUCGCGUGCCCUUCUACAUGUCCACAGACUGUGAGGGGAUCCUACGCCGGUUCCUGGUGCUCAACCCCUCCAAACGCUGCACCCUGGAACAAGUCAUGAAGGACAAGUGGAUAAAUACAGGGUAUGAGGGGGAGGAGCUGAAGCCUCAUGUAGAACCUGUGGAGGACUACAGUGAUGCGAGUCGCAUAGAGGUGAUGGUUGGGAUGGGCUUCACACCGGAAGAGAUCAAGGACUCCUUGCUCAACCAGAAGUACAAUGAGGUCACCGCCACAUAUCUAUUGCUGGGCCUUAAAAGCGAGGAUGGUAGUGAGACCCGUUCAGCCAGUAGUAUGACCCUAGCGCGGGUACGACCCAGCCCCAUUACCAAUGGGACCAACAAGCACUCCACGGCCACUGGCUCCUCUACCUCCUCCUCGUCCUCCUCUCAUAGCAAGACCCAGCGUAGUGCCUCCACCUACCACAGGCAGCGCAGACAUAGCGACUUCUGGUGUCUGGCUGGCGGGCCCUCCAUGCCGGUCAUGCACCCCAAGCGGAGCCCCACCAGCACGGGCGAGCGGGAGCUGCGAGAGGGGCGCAUGCCUUCGCGUAAGGCUAGCUGCAGCGUGAUGGGCAGCCACAGCCUUCCUCCAUAGCCAAUGGUCAGCAGUGCCAACAACCCCAACAAGUCAGAGAUACCCGACCGUCGCAAAGAGAUGACUGCAACCACGCGUCUCUCCCCCAGGGUCACAAAUGAACUUGAGGGAGUCGGCAGAUUUGCGGUCACAAGGUCGGUAAACAGCAAACAUUUCACUGCCUGCCAUCUACCUGGGCAUCAAAAAGCGUCCGAGCCCCGGGCCGUCGGACGUGGCUGGGAUCUGAGCGGAAGCGGGCGGCGGGACCCGGCAGAGGUGGUGCUGGCUCUGCGGGAGGCGGCGCUAGGCUGUGGCUGCCAGGUCCACCAUGCUGGCCCAUUCGUGCUCUCCUGUACCCACGGGGUGGCUGGGGGCCGCGUGGCUUUUGAGGCUGAGGUGUGCCACCUCUCCACGGGCACCUCCGAGACUUCUAACGGGGUGCGCUACACACGACUCUGGGGGGCACCACUGGCUUUUCGGGACAUUGCCACCCAAAUCUCCAAGGACCUCGAACUUUGA